AUGGCCUGCCAAAACUGUCUACGUUAUUCGGGAAUAUUAGCCAUCGUGCUUGGUUUUGUACUGUAUCGUUGCAUAGUGAUUAAAACAUUGGUACGCAGACUGACUGUCAGUGCCGGUGACGCAAGCCCCCGUCUGCACUUAGCCUUGUAUAUUCUCUUGCAUUGUCACUGGCUGUGCCUGGCUGUUUAUCUUGUGAGCUACAUGCUGAAGAUCCUGGUGAUGGUGAUGGUGGUGGCAGUGCAAUGCGUGAUGAACCUGGUGGUGAUGAGGCCGCUGAUGGACAACGCUGAUGGCUGGACCAGUUCUCAAGACCACAGAGUUAUCCGAGAAAGCGUGAGUUUGUCUGUGGAGCUUUGCCUCAUCACUCUCCUGCUUAUUGUACUCAACAGACAGACUGAAAAAACAUCAAGAGUGUUGUACCUGUGGCGACAAGAAGUGGAGGAGCAGCGAGAGAGAGCAGCUGACAUUCGGCAAAGGAACGAGGCACUAGUUUACAACAUCCUUCCACAACAUGUAGCCACACACUUCAUGGGUAUUCGCAGGAAAAAGCACGAGGAGCUAUAUUCUCAGAGCUAUGAGGAGAUCGGCGUCCUCUUUGCAUCUAUGCCAAACUUUGGAGACUUCUACUCAGAAGAGUCUGUCAAUAACCAAGGAUUAGAAUGUCUACGAUUCCUCAAUGAAGUGAUAUCUGACUUUGAUGGGCUGCUAGAAUCAGUACAGUUCCAUGACAUCAUCAAGAUAAAGACCAUUGGAUCUACUUAUAUGGCUGCAAGUGGGCUCAAUCCAUCUAGACAAGUGAAGGAGGACGACCCAGUCAAAGUGCGAUGGGCACAUUUAGCCUUGUUGGUGGAUUUUGCAUUUGAACUAGUACGAGCCUUGCAGUCCAUCAACGAACAGUCCUUCAAUCACUUUGUGCUAAGAAUGGGUAUUAAUCAUGGACCCAUCACUGCUGGUGUUAUAGGAGCACGUAAACCCCACUAUGAUAUCUGGGGUAACACAGUCAAUGUUGCCUCAAGAAUGGAAUCCACUGGCAAGGCUGGCUGUAUACAGGUUACUGAAGAAACCACAAAGAUUCUGCAGCACUUUGGGUAUGUGUUUGAGCAGCGUGGUCUAAUAGCUGUCAAAGGAAAGGGAGAGCUUAUGACAUAUUAUUUGGUUGGUAAGGCAGCCAGUCCUCAGCAAGUUAAUGGAGAGUCUCUUGGUUACUCUCAGCAAGGAGACACUACAAACACCUGAGGAUAUAUAAUAUAAUGUAAUAUUAUUCACAGUCAGUCAAGAUCACAUAAUCAGAUACAUGUGUAUUUGCAGUUAAGACACAAGUUGGAAAUCAUGUACAGGUUCUAUGUGCUGAUACUAGAAUUGUGUGAAGAAGUCUAGAUUUACCAGAAAUUUUCCAGAAAAGACAAACUAGAGGUAGGAGUGUUAUCUUCUCAGUAUAGAGUUGUAAUAGGAACAUGAAAAACUCUUAUGUUUGUGUAGAUAGAAAGCAUUACUGGAAGAGUUCUUAAAACAUAGCUUGCAUUAGACUAUAAGUGAUAGGAAUAAUUGAUAGCACACUUGUAUUCUUUAGUUUGCACUUGAAAAAAUUGUACUUUCCCAUAAGAAAUCUAGUCACAAUGAACAUGAACAUGUUUAUUCUUUACUUAUUACAUGCAUAUGAAUUAUAUAUUCUGUGAAGUGUAAAUUUCAGAUGUAUUGGCCAGUGUCUGUGUAAAUACAUAAAUUUUCAUUAGUAUAUUCUGGAUAAGAGUGUGUGUGUGUGUGUGUGUGUGUGUGUGUGUGUGUGUGUGUGUGUGUGUGUGUGUGUGUGUGUGUGUGUGUGUGAGUGUGUAUUGACGAUGGUGUGGCUGUACAUGUGAGUGUUAGAAUAUGUAUAGAAAAUACAGUGUACAUUAUUGUCUCAUCAUCAAGUCAGUGUGAUGGUUAAAGUAUAGUUUUUUAGACUUCUAAUCACAGACAGGAAAAGAUGAUAACACAGCAGAUGAGAUUUUGGUUAUGGGGACCAUCUAUUACAUUCUUCCAAUAUGAUGUAAAAGUUUAAUUGUAUUCAGUUUAACCUUGUCUUUUAGAAGGCAAUUUUGGUUACUAUUUGCUACCUUUCACAUUUUAUAUACCUUAAUCCAGACAUUUUGUAGGAGGAUCUUAUCACAAACAUAAAUUUCAUACAAUGACACUAAAUUUGUAUAUUACAAUUAUACAGGAAUGUCAACCCAAAGUUGAAGUGCAUGGGAUAUAGCGGUGUGUAUUAGUAGGAUAUUUAGAAUAGGAACCUGACAUGAGAGUAAAAAAUGACCCAUAUUUACAAAACUGUAAUCAGUGGAACAGAGAUGGCAUUUAAUUAUAUAUUUUAUAUCAUAGAAGUUGCACUGUGGGUGGUUAUAACCCUUCCCAAUAUUUUUUACUGUCUAGAAUUGAUAGAAAAUUGAGAUUACACAACUGUACUUUACAACUGAGAUUAAAACAGUCUGCGACUGUCUGAAAUAAUGAGAGUUUUAUAUUUUUCUUAUGACAGAUUUUAGAAUAUGCAUAAGAAUAUAUAUAAGUAAUAAAUAAAAAUCCAACAAAAUGCUGGAAUUCUCAGAAACAUUACUGAACCUUUGAUUAAAAUAUUAUGUUAGAAAAACACUAUUUUGUAAAAAGUAAAUUAAGAUGUAAAACAUGGGCUAAAUACUUCUACCACAGUUUUCUGAUGUCUUUUCUUGCAGUUCUUUUUACAUAUUUCUGAAGUUCAUUAGACAGUCAUUAUUAUGCCUGUGUACAUGGUGGUGCCCAUACAUGUAUAAACUCAGAACAUAUACAGUCUGUGUAAGUGCACAAGUUUGCAUAUCCAUUGAUAAUCAUAGAAUCAUUUGCUCACUCUCACUCAUUCAACUGACCAUUCUUCACUCUAGAAAACUCGUAAAUACAUGUAGUAUAAUGUAAUAACUCCCCUUUGUGUGUGUCUUUUAAUGUACUCACUCCAGGAUAUAAAGAGGAAGUGCUGAAAGUAAAUUUUAUUGAAGUUUAUGAUAUUUAUUACAAUAUAAGUAGCACUUAUUAAUAUAUAAGCUCUUGGUACUUACCGUCACCCUUAUCAAGAGCAAUUACUACCCCAGGAUACUCUUUUUCAGUGAAUCAAGCUCAUGCAGGGAAAGGUGAAAUAUGUAUGUUAAGCUAUGUUCACCAUGUUCAUUUUAACAAAUGUCCCAGUGUUGUUUAUAUUAUAUCACUGAUGCUUAUGGUUGUGAUAUACAUAAUUUUGUCUGCUUUCCUUUGUGGCAUUUUGUAAUAUAAAAGAAAUCAAACAUAUUGUAAUAUUGGAUAUACUAGAAAGUAAAAAAUAUAUGUAUAAUUAUAUUACUUAUAUACAGAGAUAAUUAUUGUGUAUCAGUUAGUUGUAAUAGAAAUGGUCCAAGUUUAUAUUUUGAGGAGGCAUUUAAUAAAUUUUGUGAGACUGAGGGUGACAUCACUAAAAAUACUAUAUAUUUUAGGACUAUUUUUGUAUAUAGUGUCUCCUCAAUUUCUCUAGCACUCAUUGUAGUAUACAGAUAUAUGUAAGUAGCAUUUUCUAAUAUAUGGGAUGGAGAUUAUAUCAAGACCGUUAUAUAUAUUUAUAUUGUUUUUAUUUUGUAUGGUGAAAUUUGAACAAGCACUUGUACAUACUCUGAUAUUACAUAGCUCUCAUAGCUUAAAUAUAAAUUCUCCUUUUACACAAAUUACUCCAGAUAGCAUUUAUUUACCUUAUGAUUCAUUUAUAACAGCAACAAUUAUAUUUUCUUGCAUGUGAUUAUCAGCCAUUAUGUCAUGCAGACUGCAAGACUAGUACUACAAUCACAAGUAUCUGAUAGGUUUUCCAAUCUAGUCUUAGGCAAGCUGGUCUGUACAGUUGACACCUGUAACUCAAUCACGUGAAGCAUGCAAAGGUAAUCAGAAUAUUUUAUUUUAUUUAGAAAGGAAUUCUAUUCUUGAUAUACAUGCUGGAUUGUGUGGAAAGUAACAAACAUAUAUGAAUGUGAUAUAAAUAGAGGUUUAGGGUAAUGUAUAGUCAUGCAAAAAGCAACUGAACCCAUCUAAAAAUUAUUGUGCAGGUUUUUUUUAACUUUUUUAUCUUUAGGGACUCUGGAUACCAUUACAACAAGCAGCUUUCUUCAUCAUUUGGCUAUUUUUUCUUGAUCCUAAUAUCAUUAAUCAUAUUUUAGGAGUAUUGCAAUGAAUUGUAAUACCAUUCUCUUUACUUUGAAGAAAAAAUUUCUUAUCAAAUAUUUAAAGACAUCUUGCAUAUAUAUAAUCACUACUGUUACCAUUACCUUUCUGCACAGCAUAAUCAUGAUGUCAUAAUGAUUUGAAAUAUUUAAUCAUUCAUGUCAAGUAUCAUUAUGAUCACUCCCAUGUCAGUCACUGCAUUAUCAUCAUCAUAGUUUUCACUAGCAUCAUUACCCUCUAUACCACAUUUCCUAGUCUGCAAUUUCAAGCAUAAUGAUCCACCUUCACAUGCAGAUGUACCUUUUUGACUGGAUACCUCAUGUGAACAACAGGAUGGUACUAGAUGGAAUUGUCCUGGGCUUGAGGAAAGUCCUUUCUUCCAUUCAUACUCUGUUGCUUGAAGCAUUGAUAGUACACCAGACAAGGUUUCUCACCAAUGAAUUGCGUGAUAAGGUGCUUGCUUGAUGUUUUCCAAGGCUGCCUUCUAUUGGUGGAAAGGUGCUUUUGCAAGUUGUAUAGUAUCAUUUGCAAAAACUGUACACAGAAAUAUCAAUGCAGAUGUACAAACUUCAUCCACUCUGCUGCAAUGUCACCUACUACAGACAGACUCAUUGGAUUGAUCUCUAGAGCCUCCACUACUCACUUUUUCUCAAUGCCAUAGAUGGCAGCAACAGAAAUAACUUGUAACAGAUUCACAGCCUUGGGAAUGUGCUAUCAUGUGCUGCAUAAUGACAUUAUCAGUUUCAUAAUGACUGGAGGUCAAGUGUAUGCAGUUUCUGUAAUCAAAUCAUUUUAAUUGUUAUGACCACACCUGUUAUGAUGACAUUCCAUUUUUGCUGGAUGCAUUGCAGUAUUCAUUAUCCAUAGUCUAUAAUUAUGAUUUUCCUUAUAGCACAUGUAGAUGUGGUUGUACAAAGAACAUACUUGUUGCCGCAGCGAUGGAUAGUAGCCAUAUCCUCUCUGUGAACCCACAAAAUUAUUCUACUUAAACUUCAAAAUAGGAAGGAAAGAGUUGCCUUUAUUAUUCAUAGGACUUGACUAUAUAUGGACACAUACGUCAUGUGUCCAUAUGAAGAUAACAUCAUAACAUCAUAUAUUUCUUAUUAACAUCAUAUAUUUCCCACAUAACAUCAUAUAUUUCUUAUUUCAGAUUUAGGUCACAGGUACAGUAUACUCAUUCUCUGUAUAGUUGAAAGACAACUUAAUAUUAGAUUACAUAUACAACUUCAAUCUUCAUAACCUAGAUUUUACUGGGUGAUCUUGAUCAAUCAUCUCAUAAACUGAUUCAGUGCCCCCAUCCCCUAAAAAAAAAAACAUAUUAACCCUAGAAACACUAGAGUUGGCAUUAUAGUUUCUAAGAUAUGCAGGGGAUGUAAGAGAAGACCAUCUAAAAAAUAUCCAAAUAAUGGAAAAUGCAGGAUACCAUUUCUCAUGGAAAUGGUAUCCCAAGUCCCUAAGGGUUACAGAAGUGUAAAAACAUCUAUUAUAACUUUUUUGAAAGGGUUCAAGUGACUUUUUUCCUGACUAUUGUGGAUUCAGCUCUAAGAUCAAAGUAUACAUUUCCAUAAUUAGAUAUACUGUUUCAUAUGUUAAAUUGGUUUUGCUACACAUUUUGGAUUAGUUUAUGUUCUACAUUGCUGUUACAAACUGGAUAAAUGAUUAUGAAUAGUAUAUGACUAAUGGCUGUGUUUAAGAGGUUUCAUGUGGGCUUUCCAAAUGGUGUGUAAACAGGCAGUCCCCAACCUCAUUUUUAUUGGAAGUGUAGCAAGAUGUAUAGAAUGAAGGACUUAUGAAAGGAUAGUUCUCCAAUGAGGUUUCUAGAGUCAUACAUAAUAGGAAUAACCAUUAUGGUAGACACUAUGGACAGCUUUCAGAAUGAGUAGUGUAAAGAAUAUUUUUUGUAAAGAGAAAUGUUUAUUGUUUCAAGAUUGAUUAUUGUUUACAUAUCCUAGGUUUUAAAAAAUGCUGAUAAACUUGCCUAGUAAAUUAUAUAAAUACUAUGCAGAGAAAGAAUUUUUAAUGACAAUAUUCUCUCCAGUACAACAAGGAACAGGGUUCCUUGUUAAUGAACUGUCAAAUUUGAAUGCUUUAUCUUCUUUUGAUAACUAUGCUUAUCAUAGCUCACAAUAGAUCUGGAUGUCAUAAGAAUGGGUCUGUAUUAUUGCCAAACAAAGAAGCUUAUAUUUGUGUGUGUGUGUGUGUGUGUGAACAAUACGUAGCAAGACUGGA